CUACCUUCCAUUGGACUUACCCUGCUGAAAACUGACUACUGGUGAUCACGGCAAGAACCCUCCUGUCACUAUCCCAUAUAGUUACACAAAUUCUGUCACUUCCCUGAGAUUGUCUACCACGUCCCUUCCGGUUGCGCGUCUCCUUCAAUCUGAACACCGUGCAGUGGCAAUUAGCUUGUCCUUUGCGUAAGACGAAAAGUCCAACCCCGAAUUGAUUCGUGCACCGCACCACCUUUCUGUGAAAGAAAAGCAUACAGUGAUGUCCGUCAAUCUCGACCACGCCUCCAUGCCAGGGGCGCCGUCCAAGUCCGAAAUUACCUGGACAGGCCCAAUGCCGUUCUUCCUGGACAGCACAAUCUCCUCCGAGUUCCUGACGAUGCCAUUGUUCGAGGGGAUGCAAGAAUGGUCGAUGAGCGGGAGCACCCCGGGUGCUGCAGCCCCCGCCGCAUCGGAGCGGUUCGACGGGUUCCAACAGCAACCGCAGCAACAAAAGCAGGCGCACCCAUCACCACCACCGCAGCAACAACAAAGCUUCAUGAAUGCAUACAUUGAACCGAACCUCUUCUCGCCCGACCAACCCAUGCCUGCCCACGUCCACCAACAGCAACAGCAACACCCGCACCUCGCCUCGAAAGAACCCCUCCUCGACCCCACCAUGCACCCCUUCGCCGCCAGCACAACCUCCUCCUACCCCGUCCCAAUGCACGAGAUCACAUCCCGCGGGAGCAUCAGCGACCAAUCGCACCGCAGCAGCUACGGCAGCAUCAGCAGCAUCAGCAGCAGCAGUAGCAGCGGCAGCAGCACGACGGGCUACAACGCGGCGCGCCGGCCCAGCGAGCCGGUCUUCUCGCCGACCCACGACGCGGUGGAGCAGCAGAAGCGCGAGCGGUUCCUCGAGCGCAACCGCGUGGCGGCCAACAAGUGCCGGCGCAAGAAGAAGGAGCACACGCGCCAGCUGGAGAGCCGGUGCAUGGAGGUGACGCAGGCCAACACGCGGCUGGAGUCGGAGGUCAGCCAGCUGCGCAGCCAGAUCCUGGAGCUGAAGAACGAGCUCCUGCGGCACUCCGGCUGCGACGACCCGGCCAUCAAGGCCCAUCUGGCGCGGAUGGUGGCCCACCUCUCGCAGCGGAGUGCCUCGGUCUCGGGCGCCAGUGAGGCCUCGGCCAAAGAGGACGGUGGCCCGCUGGGUCGGUCAUCGCGGUCCACGCCGCUGUCUCCGGCGCAUCAAAGCGAUGCGAAACAGGAGGUUGCGCCGGAGGCUGCGUAUGGAUUCGAUGAUAUGCUUCACUUGCCUAACGCUGGUGAUUCAAAAACAGAUGAGCAGGAGGAGGGAGUGAAGAUACAGGAGAGUCCGUGAUCGUAUCCGACCAUGCGGACGACUACAAUUUACACGACUUUCUUACGGUUUCUCUUAGGGAUAUAUGGGAUUGGUCCUCUCCUCUUUUUCUCCUUACUUUCCUUGUUGGACUUUCUACAUUGAGUUGUGCGUCUGGAUGUACACCAGUGCGCUGUCC